CGUGAUUCGUCCCAAAACAGACGCGUGCCUUUUGGCCCGUUUGUUCGGCGUGCAGAUUAAAAAGUUCCAAGUGACGUCUCGUCUCCGCGCAAGCUUAGUUCUUUGCAGCGGAAAAGGACACCGUCCGACGCCGAAACGUCUUUAAAAUCCAAACUCCACGUCCAAAGUUCUGGUUUCGAACACAGCGAUGCAUGUCCCAAGCGGCGAACUGCCAGUCGCUUCGAGUGCUCCCUGCUGUCGAGGCUAGGCCAGCGGUCUGCAUAGUCAGGCACUGGACGUGAAGUAGGAAGUUGCAAAGACACUCUAUAUUUUUUAUAUCCUACACCGCUAGGAUUGGACUCAUCUGCAAGCACCCCUGACAUCUGACCUAUCCCAUGACCUCUGACCUUGGAGACAGCCAGGAAAUCUGUUCCGACCUUCAGCAAACGAAUUCUGGAAGUUCGGCGGCGGAGCGCAUGUAUUUGGACAAGUACUUUGACACGAAACCGACCACGCAGAGUCUGAACCCCAACGCGGACGUCUUUUACAGCAAGAAUGCGCUGGCACAGCCUGAGGACGAUGACGGAGGCGGGGUGGUUGAUGGGCGAGGAGGAGGGAUGGCGGGAGAGGACAGCCCCGGAGGGGGACAGGUAGCGGCGGAGAGGGUCCCCCCACUGGAUGGUGGGACCCCCCAGCAGGCCGCCAUGCCCCACCCCGGUCAGACUCCGGCCGGCAACAGUUCCCCAGGGGCUGCCGAGCAGGCGGAUGUUCCCCUGGCGGAGCUGCGCAUGAUGCUGAUGCAGCAGCUGGAGUACUACUUCUCCCGGGAGAACCUGGCCAACGACACGUACCUGCUGUCCCAGAUGGACAGCGACCAGUACGUCCCCAUCGGCACGGUGGCCAACUUCAACCAGAUCAAGAGGCUCACCAAGAACCUCAGCCUCAUCGUGGACGUGCUCAGGGAGUCUCCAAACGUCCAGGUAGACGAGGCGGGUGAGAAGGUGCGUCCGAACCACAAGCGGUGUGUCCUCAUCCUUCGAGAAAUCCCCGAGAGCACUCCCGUCAAGGACAUAGAGUCCCUGUUUGAAGGGGAGAAGUGCCCCCAGUUCCUGAGCUGCGAGUUCGCCCACAACAGCAGCUGGUACGUCACCUUCGAGUCCGACGAAGACGCUCAGCUGGCGUACCGGUACCUCCGAGAGGAGGUGCGUUCCUUCCAGGGGAAACCCAUUAUGGCGCGCAUCAAGGCGAAGCCCAUCUCCAGGGCGUCAUUCCUUCCCCCCUACAAGAAUGGGCUGCGCCACCACCAGCCCCUGGCCCCCCACCUACUAGGGGAGGCUCCCCCCGUUCCCCGGGGGGUGGUUCCCCAGCCUGUCCAGCCCGCCCAGCCCAGCCAGCCCUCCCAGGCCCAGCCGCAUCACUCGCAGGGGGGGCCGGCCAACAGCGUGCCCCAGGGGCCCGCCCACACGGGGGCCCAGGCCACCGCCGCACCCGCCGCGGCGGCCCCGCAGGGACACCAGUUCUACCAGGGACCCCUGCAGUGGGCUGUGGUGUGUGACCCGCAGGUGAACUACAGCCCCGCGGGGGCCGGCGCCGGCGCCGCAGCUGCCGCCCAGGGGGGCCAGGUGUACCCCCCGUUCUACCCGCCAGCUAUGCUGCAGACCUGGACCCCCGCCACGCCCACCUGCUUCGACCUGGGCACGGUGUUCUCCAUGAAUGGCCUGGCCCCGCAAGCGACCUACAAGCCCCUGAAUGGCACGGGAGGCACGGGCCGCCACGGGUUCCCCGUCCUCUGGCAGGGGGGUGGCGGUGGCGGCCGCUCGUCCAAGUCUUCCUACAUGCGCCAGGGUGGCGGCUCCGGGGGCAGUUCCUACGACGCGGGCGACUCCCGGGGCUUCUACGAAAGGCAGGCGGGGGGCGCCCUGCUGGGGGCGGGGGGCUACUCCCCGGCCUACCUGGCCCCACCCCCCUACCCCCUGAGGGGCACGGCGGCCGGAGGAGGGGCGGGGGCCUACCUGCAGGAGUUCCUGCCGGCUUCCAAGCGGGACGGCGGUACGGCGUCUGGAGGGGGCGCAUUCUACUCGCUCUACCAGAGGAGCCCCAAGGGCGACCCGGGGCUGCUCCAGGGCAAGGAGGGAGUGCCCCCAAAGUACACCGAGAACCGGUUACGACGUAGGAAAAAAGAAGAAAAUGGCUCAAAAGCGGACGGCGCCAUUGCGGACGGAGCAGGAGCCAAGGCCAAAGAGGAGCUGGAGGCCCCCAAGUUUGACCUGGAGGAGGCCGCGUUCCCGCCCUUGCCUGGCUUCCUGGAAGGGGAAGCCAGUGGCCAGGGGACCCCGUCGGAGGAGAGCGCGACACCGUCGUCGUCGGUGGCGAGCAGCCGCCUCUCGGACAUUGUCAGGGGCGGUGCCAGUCGCACCGGCGUGCCACCCGCCACCCAGGUUUCCACAACUGCCGGCCCGCCGGCGUCGGCCAUUGCCGUGGCCAAGCCGCCCACCAGGGACUGCAAGACGCAGACUGCAGAGUCCUCCCUGAGUCCGGGAUCCGUGGCGACGGCGACGAGACCGGUUGCCACGCCGGCAAUGGCAGUGGUGGCGACGCAACCGGCGCCGUCCGUGGCACCGACGACGAAGGACAGCGCCACUUUGACCAACGGCGGCGACUUUCCUCCCGUGAUGCUGACGCCACCUGCGUCGCCAGUUUCUGCAGCAACGUCCAACACACCGCGAAGGCCAGCCUCUGCCAUCGUCGUGGCGAGGCGGGAGAGUGCGCCUCAGCAAGAGGGCGCCGAGGCAGCGCCGGCCCAGAGGAUGGAGAGUCCAGCGGCCUCACCGGCCCAGCCUGCUGCCGCGCCGGCUGCGGAAGAAGGUCCGGCCGUUGGCCCCAGUACCACCUCGGCACCGGUUGCGGCGCCAGCGACGCAGCCUCCAGUUGCGAGUGCACCCAAGGUGGCUGCCGAAGAGGGCCGCCGGCUGACCUACUCGGAGGUGGCCGCCAUGGCCAAGAGUCGAGCGGCGGUGGCCGCAGCCCCCGACCGGGAUCAGCAGCAGCAGCAGCCAGCCAAGGAGGGCCCAGGGUGCACCAAGCCGGGGCUCCGCAACUCUGGCGGCUGCAGCCCAGCCCAGCGGGACCAAGGUACCCCGACAGCCCUGCCCCAGCGCGGGAAUCGCCGGAUGGAACAGAGGCCGCACUCGCGGGACCGCCGCCAGCCGCUUGGGGCGCACAGGCACCGCAGCCCCCCCGCCGAGGACGCCCACUGAGGGUGACCCCUCGCCACUGACGGCCCGGGGGGAGAGGGCGGACUACGUCGGGAGAAGGACGCCAGGAUUGCGUGCGGUGCCCGCGACAGUAUUGCGUUCCUCCGGCUCUCUCUCCCCUUCGUUUCACCGUUUCCUGCUUGACGCAGUCGGGCCGGCCGGAACGGACGUUGCGACCUUCCGGCGCCUCUAGUUCCGCGCCCCCGGCGGACGACGGAGACACCACCACGGAGGAGGGCCGGAAGUGUGGAGGCGGCGCGACAGGGAAACGGACUGAGCAACUCGCGCGACGCAACGGAUGCGAGGAUACUAUAUGCAAAGUGGAAGGACACAACGGUGCACGCAACCGGGCACUUUGUGUUCGUUGUGGGACUCUUGCGCCGCGCUGGACUGCGUUGCAUACCGUGGACACAUUAGGAACUGUACUUGCAGCAGUGCACGGCAGUUUUUGGUUGGGGGGGGGGCUUGAGGGGAAAGGCUACCACUCCCUCGACGGGGAGAUUGUUCCGGAGGGGGAAGUUGGGUGGGGUACGAGAGCUUAUCCCUCUUCUCUCGUAUGGAGCGUUACAGCAGAAAUGUUUUUCCCUACACUUUUUUUUUUUUUUCAUUAUUAUUAAUAUUAUUGAGUCUUUUCUGCCAUUGCGAACAACAAGGCCCACUGCUGUCGACUGGCCGCAACCUUGGACCACUGAACACCCUGCCACCGGGCUUGGAGCCAGGUUUUGUUGUGGACGGGACUUUCGUCUAGGUGAGGUUGUCCGGGCAAACUGGUUUUUGUGCGAGUCUACCCUCGUUGCGACGGGGUGUUGCCUCGAAUUCGAGCUUCAAACUUUAGUGGAGAAGGCUUUUCACUACGACCCGUUUUUUCGGCGGGCUUAGGUUCCGACGGAUUCCGUUUUCAUUUGGUCACGGCAGUGUUCUCCCAGAUUGUGCUUUUAUGUCGGAUUUUCGUUCCAUCCGUCGGCUCUUUCCACGGGCGGGCCUUCGCUAGUACAUUUGUCUCCCGAAGCGUCGCGCGCGGAAGCAGUUUCGUUGACGCGGGACUCGACGACGGUUCGCAUCGAAUUCGUGCAGACGGCCUCACCUGGACGGGAAUUUUAGUGGACACUUCCGCCGGACAGGCGAGCAUUUCCUUCCGCGUGGGAUUCGACGGUGUUUGCAUAUACAGGGAAACUACGUCUGGACACCACCUCACGGAGGAAAUCCCCACGGACUUCCAUCCGGAGCAGGUUUCUCGCCGUCCGGGGUUUUCUUCCUCGGCACAUGCAGUGUGCAUUCACGACGUCUCGACCUUCGUCUCCGUCUGUCGACUGUUUCUCCACGACGUCUGCAGUGUUUCUUUUUUUCUCGUCUAGCGUUUCUUUUGGGGGGCAAAGAAAGAUUGUUACCGAGCUCCGUGGUUCGCAAACAGUUCCGGGGAAAUGGGUGCUUGGAUUGUCCCAGUUUCUUUUUUAAUCCAAAUAAUUGCUCUUGCAUUUUUUUUUUUUUUUUUUGUGUGUGCGCGCAUUGGGGAAGGGCCCUAGUCAGUACAGGGAUGACAGAGUGCUCUGUCUGUUAGAAGAGGUAGAUCGUACAAAAGCUGCAAAGGGUGGUUACGACUACUAGGACUGCGACAACUUGGGUACUGGGGGAAGAGAAGAAAAAGAAAGCGAGACAGUUCUUUGAAAUGUGUAUAUAAAGGCUAAUGAGGAUCCCUCGUGUUUUUUUUUUCUGUCGUUUCCUCUCCCAUUUUUCUUUUUUUGCUAUUGUACUGCAGUGUGAGACCUUUUUUAUUGUUUUAUUUAGAGGGUAGCCUGCGGGGGUGAGGAGCGUCCCGCGUUAUUUUUGUGCAGGAGGCAAGUUGAGAGAGGAGGCAUGGCGAGGAAGGCAAAAAAGGGAGUCGUCCGCCGCCCCAGCUUUAUAUUUUUGCGAGCCAGAGAUGUCGAACGAGGGGCGGCGGAGGCAGACGCUGAAGUUUCUCUCGCCGCGUUUUUUUUUGUCAGUCCAAGUGCCUUAAGUUUUUUUUUUCUCCAAGCCUCUCUCUCUCUAUCUGAGUUGGGUGGGGUUAUUUUUUUUUUAUUUUUAUCUUUGCCCGGAGACUACGAUGAGUUUUUUGUCGCAGUGUAUGUAUACUCUGCCUCCAUUAUCCCUUUUUUUUUUUUUUGUAACCUGCAAAGUAUGAUUUGGACUGCUGGGUGUAUAAAUUAAUAAAUGCAAGCACUAGGUCUUUUUAGUGGUACUGUUCACUUUCUGUUGUUGCUCGGAGCGUGCAUAAAAUCUGGUUUGAAACUCUAGCCAAACAAAAAAAGGAGCAUUUUGGGUUUGCUUCGAGAAUCGGUAACCGGGUUUUAGAUGGCACGAUAUAGGGCCUUUCGCGUUAUUUAUAUCUUGCGAAUAAAAGUUGUAAAUUUUUGUCUAGCUUGGAGGAUUUUUAGGCAUUGUCUAUACCCGGUGCCAACGAUUUUGUGACACUUUGUCGAGGGAAGAGGAGCUUCCCCACACUGUGUUGAGCACUGCGGAAGCCACGCGGUCUCGAAGGCGUAGCACGAAAUGGUUGACGCCGGGUAUAGAAGGUGUUCUGUGAGGUUGCUGGCUCUGGACAACGUACCGUUGACCCGGUUGUAAAGGAAAAAGCACCAAGAGAGUCUUUGCGAUCGGGAAUUUCGGACCCGUGUGAUGUCCUGGCAUUUCUACAAACUAGGCAGAAGUGUGAUAGCCAAAUUGUCUGCUCGAGAAGGCGACGUUUCGAUACGCAGUUCUGUGGUGAUGCGCGUGUGAAUUUGUUGGCUGUGUCAACGAAGCUGGUUAGUCGAGGCACGAAUUUUCAGACUGGGCCCAUACGGCAAGAGCACCAUUCGGGAAACCGUGGACAAUCCUGAAUGUUUGCUGCCGAUUGCCACGUUGCUUCCCUGCGGUGCAGCGGCACGCUUAUUUGUAGAUGCCAACCUUUAAGGGAAGGUAGGAUGUAAAGUAUUGAAAGGGAAAAAAAAAAAAAAAAGUAAAUGUUCAUACCCUAGCUCAGCCUGGGGUUAUGCUAUAUUUUUGUUUAAUUGCCAUUUCGCUCUCUGAUCGUGUCUAAGGGCCUACAAAUGUUGGAGGGCGGAGUGAUAUCCUGCGAGCAUAAAUUAAAUAAACUGGGAUUGCUUGUU